GACUCGAGUAAAGAUGCCCGCUUCGAAGUUGUAGGCUCUCCGUUCUCGCUGCUUUCCGUAUCACUAGCAGCAUCUCAACACCUAUACACCCGACGGGGCACGCUCGUCGGUCUCAGUGGAAAAGUCGAAAACACCCUCUCAACACUCUCGUUCCUCGAACCCUUCCGACGAGCACCAGUCGGCAUACCGUUCCUCUAUCAGAAGGUCUCCUCCACAAGCCCAAUCACCGCCCUGAUAUCUACCAAAUCGCCGAUUUCAUCCAUCGUCACUGUCCACCUCGACGGCCGGGAAGACUGGCUUAUUGCGCAACGGCAGGCACUGCUUGCGUGGACGGGUCAUACCCUCGGAUUAAAACCACAAUACAAUGUUAAGCUCGGCCUGGCGAACUGGGGCAACACGCAUGUCACCGGACGCGGUCUUCUUGCGCUGGCAGGAAGCGGUCAGAUCUACCAGGUGCAAUUGAAGGCGGGCGAGAGCUAUGUUGCCCACCCUAGCAACGUCGUGGCCUAUACGGAGUCUUCCACUCCACCACUCCCCUUCCGCUUCAAGUCGUCCAACCUCCGAUUCCAGGUACCCGAUCUUGGCUUCGGUUCGCUGCUGCAGAACGUGAAGUUCUUCAGGGACAUAAGCGGGACCGCUGCGUGGAGACAGCUGGGCGUUGCAUAUCACACCCUCAAGACAUGGCUGCGGAGAUCGAUUUGGGGCGACCGGUUGUUCCUGCGGUUCGAGGGACCCACCACCAUGCUGCUUCAAUCACGAGCGUCGCGCAUCAGCGACGUUCUGACGCUAAGAGAUGUGGAUGAAAUUGCCGCAAGCCCACCUGGUGCCGUACAGGAUGUGGUUACGCGGAAGAUCCAGCAGGAGCUCAAAGAGAUCGCAGCAAGC